UUGUGACUCUGUUUCUCCCUUCCUCCUGUGUGUCAUAACACUAGGAAGAUUUGUGGGGUAUUCACUCUGAUAUGCCUAAAUAAGCUGUAGGAAACUAGGAUCCCAGCCACACCUAAUGGCCUUACGGGCUGACUUCUAGCUCAUCUUUAGUCACAGAUCGCAACGAACGGAAUAAACCAGAGCAUCGUUCUUCAAGCCAUGAGAUAUUCACUGACAGAAGACAGCUUCUCAAGAUUCCUUGCCAAGGACCCUUGUCAUCCAUUAGAGCGGUAAUCAAGAGAUCACUCAUGAAUAGUGCAGAGCAAAAAUGCCCCGUGGAAGAGCUUCUCGGCCUUCUAUUCAGAGUGAGCUUCAUCGAGACAGAAGGCGCCCAGAGAUCACCAUUGUGGCAGCUGAGCCUCUGAGGCCAUCCUCGUGGUUUCCAGGAGCCCCACCUCCUGGACUAGGAUUUCCCCCGCCUUCUACAGCAGGCUCUUGGAGGUCUAACGAACUGGUUCCUGCUGAGCUCCCACCAUCUUAUGAACAAGUCAUAAAAGAAAUCAACCAAGUUCAAGUUAAUACUACAAAUAAUAAUAAUGCUGCUGCCACUCCAAGGCACACUAUUACAUCUGCAACUCAGACUGACUUUUCAGAAGAAGUAGACAGCGAUCUGCCUCAAACACUGCAGGCAUCCCUCCAGCCUCUUCAGCCUUCCCCUGCAAUCUCAGCCAGUGACCUUCUAACAAAUGUGGCGCCUUUAAUAGUCUUUGAUAUUUCUGAUGGACAGAACUGUCCAGAAAACUCCAGUGCCACAAGAUGCCCAGUGCCAAAACCAAGAUCAAAAAGCAACCUCAGACCAGUAGCCAGAGAAACUCAUAUGAAUGAGCAGAAUCACCAGAAAGUCAGUCCCGUGGCCACAAAAGAGGCAUCAUUCCCAAGUCAACCCCAGUCUCUGUUGGAUAGUGCCAACAACUUGGAUAGUCAGGCAGUGAUGAACAUUAUGAACACAGAACAGAGCCAGAAUAGUAUUGUUUCAAGGAUCAAAGCAUUUGAGGGUCAGACUAAUUCAGAAACUUCAGGACCUACCAAGAAACCAGAAAUUGUUCCUCGCACAGUGCCCCCAAGGCCUGCUGUUCCCUCAGGGAAACCCUCUGUGGCUCCCAAACCAGCUGCUAACAGAGUCUCUGGAGAAUGGGACUCCUGGACUGAAAACAGACUCAAGGCACCCCCCAGGGAAGGGCACAGCGCUCACUCUCCACUACAAGAUGCAGGGAGCAGUCCAUUAACCAAACCUGAAUUGCCAAAGAAACCAAAUCCUGGCCUUACACGAAAUGUUAAUCAAGGAGUUCUGGGAGGAGGACCUGUGACAGAGACCCCUGAUACUGGGAAGAAAGUUCCAACUCCUUCUCCUCGGCCUGUGCUGCUGAAGAAGUCUGGCUCCUCAGACAACCCUGCCCAUCCUGCAGCUUUGCUGAAACCAGUCACUGUUCCUCCCCGACUCCCAGUGGCAUCACAAGCCAAAGCAUUCAGGUCACCGACAGAGGGUCCCCCAGCAAUCCCCCAAGUUCCAGUUCAAACAAGCAAACCUCCAGGGGACAUCGACCUCAUCAGUUUUGAUGAUGAUGUUUUACCCAUUCCUUCUGGGAAUCCCACUGAAGAACCUACAGGUUCAGAGCUGGUUCUGGAUCCCUUUCAGCUCCCCACAAAAACAGAACCAACAAAAGAAAGAGCCUUUCAACCAGCGCCCACCAGGAAGCCCACUGUGAUUCGAAUCCCAGCCAAACCAGGAAAAUGUUUACAUGAGGAAAGCCCACCUCCCCUCCCUACUGAAAAGCCUAUUGGAAACACUUCCAGUGCAGUGGGCGGAAAGCUCAGUAAUACUGACAGAGCUAGAAACCUGGAAUCUAUUCAUACUGGUCAAUCGGGAAGUUCCAUUCAAGGACCCCCAAGGUUGCCACCAAGACCUAUAAAUGGAAAAGUCAUACCAGCUCGACAACCUUCGGCCAAGGGGCCCCCUGAGAGACCACCUCCCCCCAAACUUUCUGCAACCAGAACAUCCACAAAAAAGCUGCCUUUUAAUCGGUCUUCUUCUGACAUGGAUCUUCAGAAAAAGCAAAGUAAUUUGUCAUCUGGACUCUCAAAAGCCAAGAGUCAAGUCUUUAAAGUUCAAGAUCCGGUGCUACCCCCUCGGCCCAAACCUGGCCACCCUCUCUACAGAAAAUAUAUGCUGCCUGUGUCUCAUGGAAUUACCAAUGAAGACGAUGUCUCACAAAACCCCGGAGAACCCUCUUCAAAGGAUCCAAACCACGCUCAGAAGCCUGUUGACAGCAGUGCUCCUCAUGCUGUUGUUCUUCAUGAUUUUCCAGCAGAGCAAGUUGAUGAUCUGAACCUCACUUCUGGAGAAAUUGUUUAUCUGUUGGAAAGAAUAGAUACAGAUUGGUAUAGAGGGAAAUAUAGAAACCAGACUGGUGUGUUUCCUGCCAAUCAUGUCAAAAUAAUUAUUGAUGUUCCAGAAAGAGGAAAUGAGAAAAGAGAAUCUGUUUCAACUCAUUGUGCUAAAGAUACAAGAUGUAUUGCUCGGUUUGAAUAUAUUGGAGACCAGAAGGAUGAAUUAAGUUUCUCAGAGGGAGAAGUUAUUAUUCUUAAAGAGUAUGUGAAUGAAGAAUGGGCCAGAGGGGAACUUCGAGGCAGAACUGGAAUUUUCCCCCUUAAUUUUGUGGAACUUGUUGAAGAUCAUCCCCCCUCUGGUACAAAUGUUUUGAGUACAAAAGAACUGAAUACCAAAAAAGAAGACUCUGGUGCAAAUUCUCAGGACAGCAGUCCACCUGGAGAAUGGUGUGAAGCUCUUCACAGUUUUACUGCAGAGACCGGUGAUGACUUAGCCUUCAGGAGAGGAGAGCGGAUCCUCAUCCUUGAGCGCCUGGACUCUGACUGGUACAAGGGCAGGCUUCGAGACAGUGUGGGCAUCUUCCCAGCAGUCUUUGUGCGACCUUGCCCAGCUGAGGUGAAAAAUAGGUCUACUCCAGCACUGAAGGGGAGGAAAGCCAAAGCUUUAUAUGAUUUCCAUGGAGAGAAUGAAGAUGAGCUUUCCUUUAAGGCUGGAGACCUAAUAACAGAGCUGGAAUCUGUAGAUGAUGACUGGAUGAACGGAGAGCUAAUGGGAAAAUCUGGUAUAUUUCCCAAAACCUACAUUCAGUUUGUGUAAGUCAGCAGAAGGUGAAGCUUGAGUGUGUUCCUUCACACAAUAAUUCACUUGAACUCUUAUCACUUUGACUAUCAGAUUUGUUUUUGCACUAUUUUUUUAAACUGAGAAAAAAUAUCUGUGUUGUACAUGGUACACUAGAAUUUUCUGCAAGCAGAAAACAUCUAGGUUUUGUAGUUAGCUUUCCUUCAAAGUAGAAAUGUGCCCAUCGAAACCCAUGAGCCAGUAGUCUACAGAGGAACACAUCAAGUAGGAUUAGCAAGGUAGAAACACUUCCCCCAGGGAAAGUGGCUGUUGACAUGCAGCAUGGGGAGGCUUAUGAGCAAAAGUCGCACUUGGACAUCUGUUUUCAUCAGCUUGAGUAAAUUAACCACACUUCUUCAUUUUUUUUUUUUUACUUCAGUUUAGAAAGAGGACCUUUUGAUAUUCUUCACGCUAUAACUAUCAUGACAUGGUUGGUAAUCUAAAUUCCGUUUUUGAUAUUAAAUUAACUCUAGCGACUUGAGCACAUUCUUAUUACCAGGCAAAUCCUUGCUACCAGAAGGGAGACUUUAUUGACUAGUUGGAAUGUUUAUUCAAGGAUUUGAAAGGAGUCAGAAUUUAGUGUACCUUAGUUAUAAGAACCAAAACCAUCCUGGUUUGCCUUGCUAAUACAACUAAUCCUUCCACAUGCCUGCUAUACUUAAGUCUUUCCUCCAUGUAUACUUUAUGUUAACAUGUUUAUUAUAAAGCACAUUUUCUGAGUCUGCAAUCAUUCUUUUGACAAUUCUGGGGACCCAAAGAAAAAUUCAUUUUCUUUGUAUUGCCCUGGUAAUAAAUGCUCUGUUUAUUAUAGUGGCACAUUUUGACUCAAACCUAUCUCCAAAUACAGAACAACUUCUAAGCUGGAAAACAAUGGCAAACCCCGACAGCUCAUUUAUUCCUGAUGUAAUCAGAAUGAAAAAUAGUUUAGGAAAUUGAAAGCUCUUUGUUUGUUUGCCACCCCCCUCACCUCACCUCAUUCCUGCUUAAUUAUUAGAAUAAAUUAAAAACCACUUUCCUGCUAUAUCUUUUACAUUCCAGGCUUAAAGUCAAAAAGUGGUUCUUGAUGUAACUGAAUCAGUUAUAGUUUAUGGGCUACAGCCAAUUUAACUGGAGACAAUCUUUCAAACAGAUCAAUAGAAUAGAAUUUCGUUAGAGAUGUAAAACACUUUUCCAACAAUGUUCAUGACUUUCUUCUACUUUUUUAGAAGAGUUUUAUAUGCUGGGCUUCAUUUUAGCUUUUACUGUUUCCCUCUGUCCAAAAAGUUAGCUCAUCAGCAGUCAAACCAUUAUGUGAAUACUACAUGGGGUUCUGAAGGGAGGACACACUUACUUUGGCUCAUACGGCUGCAUUUGAUUUUGGCGUGCAGGAGCUGUUUUUCUUUCCUACAUAAUUUGGGUUAAAAUAUAUAUAUAUAUAAAGUUCUUGCUAUACAUCACAGUUAUUUCAUAAGAAAUCAAUGGUUUUAAGGUGUUAUCCUAAUUAAAUCCCUACUUGCAGCAAAUUAUAUGGGUGGGAGUUGGGGGUGAGGGCUGGUGAGGGAGGUUCGCAAUAGGACAUAAGGUGUAUUUCUUUGCCUGUGUAAUUGAAGAUUGUGAAAACCCAACUUGAUAGAAGAAAAUUAGAUUUUGGCCUCUGUCAGCAGAAUGAUAAGUGCAAUAGUUGUAAAUCUACUUGACACUAUAAUAAACUGAACUGAACUUUUCAAA